GGCACAGUAGAACACUCUACCACUGAAUGAACACAUCUACAGUAUUGUUGAUGUUGCCUAUUCCCAUUCCUUUUCUUCUUCGAUAACCGCGCCUCUGUAACAGAAUUCCUAUCAUCUGUCGCGCUUUUGGUCAAUUACAGUGUCUCUCGUGACCUGGUCGGCCGGCCAUUUGCCCUGCGUCAACAAAUCCGCCGUCCACGUCCGCGUCUGCGUCUCUGUCAUGUGCCAUCGCAGGAGCAUCAGCGUUUGUCCUUGCAGCUGCAGGCACAAACACGCCGAGAUGGACGUUGCUUGAGCGUCUACUACAUACCGACACCCUCCAUGCCGCCCUGAUGGCGUCCAACAUCUUCUCCCGCUUUACUGGGUCAAACAACCCCUCGGCCUCGAUCUAUGACACGAUCAGGCAGACUGAUGAAGAAUCGGAGGCUUCUGUUGACAUAGAAGAGCGGGCUGGGCUGGUGCCACGAAGCCAGACUGCGCAACAACAUGGAUAUCAAGACUUUGAAGCGAAUAGUCCGGAUAUAGGAUUGUCGACGAGAAUCCCUCAUGCUCACGCCGAGUCAACCAGCCCUGAUAUUGGCUCCUCGACGCGGAUCCCUCCCGCUCGCGCCGAAUCAUCCUCUGCUGUAAACAACAAAGUACGAUCUUCCCGGAAAGACAAGAGCAGGACCCAAUGUAGACCGAGAUGGAAUCAGGCGGCGGCGGUUCACAAAUUACUCGAUGUGGAAGAGGCGGAUGACGAGGUUCCGGCGUCUCUGCUCAUCGACCACAACGCAAGCGCCCGUGAACAUGGCUCCAUAUCGCUGCCUCCACCGCCGAGUGAACUGUCCGACGGCCUUACAGCGCGGGCAGAUACAACUCGUCCGUUUCCUGCGCAGCCUCAUCGACCGUCAUCUCCAAACGAUCCAAGACAUCCUCCCCGGACCGCACCUGUCCCGGCCACAUUCUGGGGAACCUGGGGAACCCUUGCAAACGCCGACCCCAAAGAGAAGGCCAUGUUUCGAUGGGUCAACGUCGUCAAUCUCGACAACUUCCUCCUCGAAGUCUACACGUACUACGUCUACCACGGCUUUUGGUCGAUUCUGUUGAUGCGCUUCUUGAACCUCGUCACAGUGGCCUUUGUGGUUGGCUUUUCAUUGUUUCUGACCCAAUGUGUCAACUAUCGAGACGUCCGUGGAAGCACCAAGAUGUCGGAAAUCCUAGUUCCUCAAUGUGGCAGAAACAUGGGUUUUGUCCCCAGUGCUUUGCUCUGGCUCACCACAUUCAUUUGGAUCUGGAAGUCGGCAGUGUAUAUCCUGGACAUCCCGCGUCUGAGGCACAUGCAUGACUUUUACCAUUACCUGCUCGACAUCCCCGAAGAGGAGAUCCAGUCGAUAUCGUGGCAGGAAAUCGUCAGUCGGCUCAUGGCUCUACGAGAUUCCAACCCGACCAUCACCUCCACAUCUAACAAACGAGGCGCAUACAUUCGGUCUCAGGACAAACAACGGAUGGACGCACACGACAUUGCCAACCGGCUGAUGCGGAGACAAAACUACUUGAUAGCCAUGAUCAACAAGGACAUUCUUGAUUUGACGCUGCCCAUCCCAUUCCUCCGCAACCGCAAACUCUUCACCCGGACCCUGGAGUGGAACAUUGACGUAUGCAUCAUGGAUUUCGUGUUCAACCGCAAGGGCCAAGUGCGAACAUUGUUUCUAAAGGACACCCAUCGAAAGGAUCUUUGCGAGGCACUUCGAAAACGAUUCAUUCUUGCCGGGGUGGCCAGUCUGAUCUUUGCGCCAUUCCUGACGGUCUUUUUCAUCCUCAAGCACUUUUUCGAGAACUUCAACGAAUAUCAAAAGAAUCCCGCCCAGAUCGGGUCCAGGGAGUACAGUCGGUUUGCGCAGUGGAAGUUCCGCGAGUUUAAUGAGUUGGACCACUUGUUUCAGCGACGCAUCAACAUGUCGUAUCCGUUUGCGACUCGAUAUCUCAACCAGUUCCCCAAGGACAAAACCAUCCAGGCUGCCCAAUUUGUCAGUUUGGUUUCCGGCGCCGUGGUGUCGGUGCUCGGGUUGGCCACGAUCCUAGACCAGGAAAACUUUUUAAAUUUCGAAGUCACGCCAGGUCGCACGACCAUUUUCUAUCUCGGGAUUUUCGGGUCCAUCUGGGCCGUCGCCCGCGGUGUCUUGCCCGAGGAUAAUAUGGUCUACGACACUUCUCUUGCCAUCCAGGAGGUGAUUCAGUUUACCCAUUACGAACCCCAGCAUUGGGCGGGGAGACUUCACACGAUGGAGGUGAAACAAGAGUUUUCCCAGCUGUACCAGAUGAAACUGGUUUUGUUUCUCGAGGAGGUAUUGAGUAUGAUCUUCACUCCUUUUGUGCUCUGGUUCAGCUUGCCUAAGUGCAGUGAGCGGAUCAUUGAUUUCUUUCGCGAGUUUACGGUUCAUGUCGAUGGGCUGGGGUAUGUUUGUUCUUUUGCCGAGUUCAACUUUAUGCAGCAGCCGUAUCGACCGGCGGCAGCUGUGGCAGUUGACAAUGGCACGGGGCAAGGUGCAGGUACUGCAGCUGCUGCAACGACAGCAACAGAGAACUCGGCACGAACGGUCACAGCCGACAACAAUGUGAAUCUCAAUAUCAAUCCACGAGAAGAUUACUUUGCCUCCAAAGACAACAAACUCGAACACAGUUACUGGGGCUUCAUGAACGAUUACGCGCGCAACCCCAAAACCGACAUUCGCUUCCCUUACACUGGUAGUGCCGGCCGCCGUCGGCCUUUCAACAUGCCUCCUCCUGUCCCGGGCUUACCUUCACCACUUUUCCCCAAUUCAGAUCACCCUCAGCAGAGAGGCAGCUCGGGCGCAGUUUCGGGACUAGGUUCGCCUCCAUCCGCGUUGUACGGACACGGACAUGCAGUUCAUCCAAGUACACAUCUGCCACUAGCGCCGCCGUCGUUGUCCAAGCAGCAGCAUCUCGGCGCCACAUCUCCUCUGCAAUCCCUUUUACUUGAUCCACAUCACCAGCCUUUGACAGUCAGUACUAGUGGUGGUGGUGGUGCUGGUGGUGCUGGCCAAACAAUAGUUCGGAACCGUGGUGGAGGCAGUGGUGCCAGAAGUGCAGCUGCUCGACGUGAUGUGGUUUCUCCACAUGUCACCGCCACCGCCGCAAGACAGAGUCAGAGCCAACAAGCACCACCUCCACCAUCGUCUGACCGUCAAGAACGGCAAGGCGAAGUCGAAGCCAAAAUUCACCGCCAAGAAGACGAAGGCGACGAAGAAGGAGAACUCGGCUCCUGGAAAUACGAAGUCGAGCGUCGUCGGAAGAAGAGUCGCGAGACUCCUGACGAGGCUGGUGAGCUCGAUGACAGUGAUAGCGACCAAGAUGAUGACGAUGAAGACGAAGAUAAUGACCUCCAUACAAUCACUGCCCUAGGCGGCGCCCUGGGACCGUUGGGAUUGAUUCGACAGUUUCAAAAGGCUCAGGCGCAGGGUGGUGGGAGGACGAGAGUCGGUGGUGUCGGUGUUGGUGGGGCGGGUAUCUGAUCUGAAAAGACUGACUGGUAGUAGUACCUGUACCUGUACCUGUACCUAUACCUGUGCCUGUACCUAUGCUUUUAGGCUUCCCAAUAUAAAUGAACCCAACUUAGAGUUCGAUGCAAAGACUGAGGACUGGUCGUGGCGUGUGUACACUAGCCAGCUGUA